AUGUUAGAUCCUCAGAUUCUCCCGCCAUUGCGGGAUCCAGAACCCGAAAUUCCUUCCCCGUCCAUCCGGGUGAUCGACAGCAACGAUACCUUCGCGUGCGUCGCCUUGGAACCGCUGGAACGGGGAUAUGCCACCACCGUGGGCAACCCGCUUCGCCGGUUGCUGCUCAGCUCCAUCCAGGGAACCGCCGUGACCUGGGUGAAGAUUGAAGGCGUGCCCCACGAAUACACCGUGAUACCCGGCGUGAAGGAAGAGGUCAUGGACCUUCUUCUCAGCGUCAAGCGUAUCCGCAUCAACGCCCUCUCCAAGCGCACCGGCAAGAUGCGCCUCGACGUGACCGGCGAGGGCCGGGUCUGCGCCGGCGAUAUCGCGGUGGCCAGCGACUACCAGAUAGUCAACCCCGAACUGCACCUGGCCACGCUGGACAACCCGGACGUGUCCCUGUCCAUCGAAUUCAACGUGGAACCGGGCAAGGGCUACCAGCAGGUGGCCCAGGGCGACAGCAUGGCCGGUCUGCCGGUGGGUGUGCUGCCGGUGGACGCCAUCUACAACCCCGUCCGCAAGGUGGAAUACUCGGUGGAACGGAUGAUGGUCGGCCAGCAGACCGACUGGGAGCGGCUGAUCCUGCAGGUAUGGACUGACGGAGCCGUGAGCCCCCUGGCCGCCAUCCAGGAAGCCUCAGAGAACCUCGUCCAGCACUUCUUCAUGUUCAACCAGCUCAGCCGGCCCGCCGACGCUCCGCUGGACACGGGCAAUCUGUCCGUUGCCUCGGAAGUCUACCUGAUGCCCAUCGAACGUUUGGACCUGUCUUCGCGCACCCUCAAUUGCCUGAAGCGGGCCAAGCUCGAUCGAGUGGGACAGGUGCUGGACCUCAGUUCGGACGAACUGUUGAACAUCCGCAACUUCGGGCAAAAGUCGCUGGAAGAAUUGCAGGCCAAACUUGCGGAGUUGGGCGUCAGCUCGUCCCGGGUCAGCCAGGCCGCCAGUGAAGCCGGUCCUGACCUGGACGACGAAGGGCUGGACGAUCCCGACGUUCCUCUGGUGUUUGACCCUGAAGACGAAGAAUACGACUACGACAACGGUGAUUAG